CGGUCAAGGCGGCCGGGGGCGGGGCUCGCUCGGUCCGGCGCCCGGCCCGGGACGGGACGGCUUGUGACAGUGGCUCUUCCGAGAAUAUUACCUUCAGAAAUUCAAGAAAGAAAACAAAAAUGAUUGUCAUAAAGACGACAGCGCCCUCAAAAUUUAUGGUUGCAGCCCACUGGAAGCAAAGGAUAGUGAAUGAUUUAACAAACCCGAUUUUUAAUCACCAUGGAAGAGUACACAGAAAAUUAGAAGUCCUAAACAUGAAAAAGUUGUGGAACUCUGGAGUACUUAUUAUGACAUAAUGAAAAAUGGAGGCUUCAAGACAUGAGAGAAGACUCCCGAAGAGCUUCGUGUGUGACUGCAAAAAUAUGGCUCCCUUCUCCCGACCUCAUGGGGAAGCACGUGGAAGAUGAAGGAUGUGGGCUCUCCCUGUUGCUGGAAACAAUGAGAUCAGAUAAUCGGGAAGACGGGAGCUCCCACUGAACGCCCCAUCUUUGCAGAUGACGCUAAACUCUUCUGGGGAGGGAAAUACCGACCUGGGAACAUACCGCAUGAAGAUCCUGAAGCCCUUUCUUGCUACGGGACUAUCCUCAAGUCAUUCUCCAGACAUCCUCCCCAGUUCUUAUGCACACCCAUGGCACAAUGAGCAGCCCUCAGGAGCAGCUGAGCUGGGCUUCCUCUCCCACUCUGACCCUGAGUGAGAACAGAGCUUUUGGCGGGCUCCAUGAGGAACGCACGUCCCCCAGGAAGCACCCUUCUCCCAAGCUCUUUGAGGACGUGGGAGACAAGGGGGUUCUGCGAGCCGAGCUGACAGAGGGCCUGACCAGCCCCAUCGCCACAACUGCCCUCACCAGUGUCAGUGAGGACUCGAGGGACCACUUUGAGAACAGUGUCCUGCAGCUCAGGGAACAAGAGGAAUCUGAGAUGGCCACUUCUCAGGGCAACGGUCACGCGGGCGAUGGGGAGAACACCAGCGGCACCGAGGACAUCAAGGUCCAAUUCAGCAGAUCAGGGAGCGGGAGCGGCGGCUUCCUCGAAGGACUUUUCGGCUGCCUGAGGCCGGUGUGGAACAUCAUAGGCAAAGCCUACUCCACAGACUACAAGCUCCAACAGCAAGAUACGUGGGAAGUCCCCUUCGAGGAGAUCUCGGAGCUGCAGUGGCUGGGCAGCGGAGCCCAAGGGGCCGUCUUCUUGGGCAAGUUCCGGGCAGAGGAGGUGGCCAUUAAGAAGGUGAGGGAGCAGAACGAGACGGACAUCAAGCACCUGCGGAAGCUGAAACACCCCAACAUCAUCGCCUUCAAGGGUGUUUGUACCCAGGCCCCGUGUUAUUGCAUCAUCAUGGAAUAUUGUGCUCAUGGACAGCUCUACGAGGUCUUGCGAGCUGGAAGAAAGAUCACUCCCCGCCUGCUGGUGGACUGGUCCACAGGGAUCGCCAGCGGCAUGAAUUACUUACACCUACAUAAGAUCAUCCAUCGAGACCUUAAAUCCCCUAAUGUAUUAGUCACUCAUACAGAUGCGGUCAAAAUUUCUGACUUCGGCACCUCCAAAGAACUCAGUGAUAAAAGCACAAAAAUGUCCUUUGCUGGCACUGUGGCGUGGAUGGCCCCGGAAGUGAUCCGAAACGAGCCUGUCUCGGAAAAAGUGGACAUCUGGUCCUUUGGGGUGGUGCUGUGGGAGCUGCUGACGGGGGAGAUCCCGUACAAAGACGUGGACUCCUCGGCCAUCAUCUGGGGCGUGGGCAGCAACAGCCUGCACCUGCCCGUCCCCUCCACCUGCCCCGACGGCUUCAAGAUCCUCAUGAAGCAGACGUGGCAGAGCAAGCCCCGCAACCGGCCUUCCUUCCGCCAGACGCUUCUGCACCUGGACAUCGCCUCGGCAGACGUGCUCGCCACGCCGCAGGAGACCUACUUCAAGUCGCAGGCCGAAUGGAGGGAAGAAGUGAAGAAACACUUUGAGAAGAUCAAAAGCGAGGGGACGUGCAUCCACCGGCUGGACGAAGAGCUCAUUCGGCGGCGCCGAGAAGAACUCAGGCACGCGCUGGACAUCCGGGAACAUUACGAGCGGAAACUGGAGCGCGCCAAUAACCUGUACAUGGAGCUGAGCGCCAUCAUGCUGCAGCUGGAGGUCCGCGAGAAGGAGCUCAUCAAGCGCGAGCAGGCCGUGGAAAAGAAGUACCCGGGCACGUACAAAGGGCACCCCGUGAGGCCCAUCAUCCAUCCCAACGCGGUGGAGAAGCUGAUGAAGCGGAGGGGCGUGGCCCACAAGCCGGGGCUGCCCGCCAGGCGGCCGGACCUCCUACGCUCCGAGGGCAUCCCCGCCACGGAGGUGGCGCCCCAGGCAUCCCCGGGGUCCGGGAGCCCCAGAAUAUCGACCCCGGGCAGCAAAGGCCGCUACCGCAGCAAGCCCCGCCACCGUCGCGCCAACAGCAAAGGGAGCCAUAGUGACUUUGUGGCCGUCUUGAAAAACCAGCCAGCCCAGGAGGCCUCUUCCCAGCCCCCUGCGCCCUGCCCGCCUCCCGGCCCCCUCCAUCCUUCCCAUCCCCACGGCCCCCCGCAGCAGCAGUACCCCCCAGCCCCGAAGCCCUCACCCCUCGACCCCCACCCCAGGCUCAACCUGCACGGACAGGACAUCGCCAACUGCGCCAACAACUUGCGGUACUUUGGGCCGGCGGCGGCCCUCCGCAGCCCGCUCAGUAACCACGCGCAAAGACAGGUGGCCGGCUCCAGCCCCGACCUCAUCUCCACGGCCAUGGCCGCAGACUGCUGGAAGAGUUCCGAGCCCCCAGGGGGCCCGGCCGGCCCUUGGGCCCGCUGCCAGGCAGACCCCCACGACCCCUGCCUCCAGUGCCAGCCCGAGGCCGGCCGGCCGCAAGAAGCCCAGAGUGCCAGCCUCCCCCUGCCCGCAGCCCCCGGCCACACCGGCCUCUGCGAAGCCCAGGGCUCCGAGAAGAUGGGAGCUCCGGAAUUCCACGGCCGCCAGCCUCUGUCCUCCUUCAGCCCCCCCCAGCACAUGACCCCUCUGAUGCUACCUCGAAAAACGAGACCCCUUCAGAAGAGUGGGGACGACUCCUCGGAAGAGGAAGGAGAAGUGGACAGUGAAGUGGAGUUUCCUCGAAGACAGAGGCCCCACCGCUGUAUCAGCAGCUGCCAGUCCUACUCGACCUUCAGCUCGGAAAACUUCUCCGUGUCCGACGGGGAGGAGGGAAACACCAGCGACCACUCCAACAGCCCCGACGAGCUGGGCCGCCGGCUGGAGGACCGCCUGGCCGAGCGCCUGGAGGACCUGCUGUCCCAGACGCCCGAGAUCCCCAUCGAGAUCUCCACGCAGUCCGACGGGCUUUCCGACAAGGAGUGCGCGGUCCGCAGGGUGAAGACGCAGAUGUCUCUGGGCAAGCUCUGCGCCGAGGAGCACGGCUACGAGAACCCCGGGCCCUUGGGGGAAUCCGACUGUGACUCUUCGGACGGGGAGUGCUCGGAUGCCACGGUCCGGACCAACAAGCACUACAGCUCGGCCACGUGGUAACGCGGGGGGGGGGCCGGGCUCCCCCUCCCUCCCCCCGAGCGCUCGGCAAUAACUGGGACGCGGCU